CCCGUAAUGAAUAAACAGGUGUUUGGGAAAGAUUGCAAGCAACACUCAACAAAACGUGGAAAUGAAAAGAAUAAAGUCAUCUCGCCAAAAAACCGAUGCUAACUAUUCAACAAACAUUCGGAAGCAUAGUAGAUCCAUUAUAUUGUCCACUGAUUACGAUUUCUCACACAAUCACACACACGCUCUCAUUUCGCAUAUAAAUACUAACAGAAAAAAUGAACAAGAAAGCUUUAUCAAUUUUGAUGCGCGCCAGAAUGAAGCCUCACGAUCGACCUAACCUUUCUCUCUCUCCUCUCCCUACAACUAACGCAGCGAGCAAAAUGCAGCAGCAGAACUCACACAAACCGCCAACAGAAGGGAAUUCAGCACCUAAUGAUUCAGGAAACUCCGAGAGUGAGUUUAAGCGCGUCAAUGCCUCAAUGCAGUCUGCAAUUUCAAUGAACAAAACGGAGGUUCUAGAUGAUGUGCUUAAUAACUUCUCUGAGGGCUAUUUUACACUUUCUGAUGAAAACCGCCGCAAGUUGCUCCUUGUCCUUGCUAGAGACUAUGAUCUCAAUAGAUCACAAGUUCGCGAACUGAUAAAACAGUAUCUUGGACUUGAACUUCCUGCUGACAAAGCUCAAGCGAACGGAUCUGAAGAAGAAGGCUUGUUUUCUUCUUUCUAUCGCAUUGAACGGAAUUUGAGGCAUGCCCUACAGCCAGUUUAUGAAGUUCUCUUUGAUCGACUCAACACACAUCCUGGAGGGUUGAGAUUCUUAUCCAUUCUUCGAGCAAAUAUCUUGUCUAUUCUCACAGAGGAAAAUAUUGCUUCUCUGAGAGCAUUGGAUUCUUGUUUAAAAGAAAAACUUAGUACAUGGCUCAGUCCUGCUGCAUUAGAGCUACACCAAAUUACAUGGGAUGAUCCUGCUUCCCUGCUGGAGAAAAUUGUUGCUUAUGAAGCUGUGCACCCUAUAAGCAACCUUCUAGAUCUUAAGAGAAGGCUUGGAAUUGGACGUCGUUGUUUUGGAUAUUUACAUCCAGCAAUUCCUGGCGAACCUUUGAUUUUCAUUGAAGUUGCACUAAUGAAGAAUGUGGCUCAAACUAUACAGGAAGUUUUGUGGGAUAGCCCUCCUAUACCUGAAAGUGAGGCAACAAGUGCAUUGUUUUACUCUAUAUCAUCAACUCAGCCUGGCUUAGCGGGGAUCAACUUGGGAAAGUUUCUUAUCAAACGUGUUGUAAAACUGGUGAAAAGAGAGAUGCCACAUAUUUCUACCUUUGCAACUCUCAGUCCCAUCCCAGGAUUCAUGACAUGGCUCUUAUCCAAGUUGGCAUCUCAAACAGUGCUUGCUGAAGGAGACAUGUCACAACCAGUGGCCGAGGGAUCUGCUUCCACAUUCUUUGAGAACAUACUUAAACCUGAUGAAGAAGAAGCACUUAUGAGUUUGCCUAAAGAUAUUGCCACAGGGAAAAACGGAAUGGAAGUGCUAUUCAACCUUCUUACUUCUACAUCCUACAAAUGGAUCCAUUCUCCGGAAACUUUGUCAGCACUAAAUCCCCCUUUGAUGUGUUUAUGUGCCAGAUACCUUCUGCUAGAGAAGAAAAGAGGAAAAGCUUUGGACUCUGUAGCAAAUUUCCACUUGCAAAAUGGAGCGAUGGUUGAAAGAAUAAAUUGGAUGGCAGACCUAUCAGAAAAAGGCCUUUCUCAAAGUGGAGGCAUCAUGGUGAACUAUGUAUAUAGUCUGGAUAACAUAGAAGAAUAUGCUCAUUCAUACUUCAGCAACGGCGUAAUCCAUGCUUCAAGUAAUCUUCAACGCCAUGUUGAGCCAGAGUGACAAAUAAUAAAUACGUCUUCUUCUCAGAGUUUACCUGAUGCUUUUAUCAAAACAAUGGAACGAAUGCAUACAAGUCCACAGUUGAGGAACCUUGUAGUUUUAAUUAUUGAUAUUUCUGUACAGAUAAUACAAGGCAGCUGAAUAGGUAUCUAAUCCAAUUUGUUGGUGAAAUACGACAGGAAACAGAAUUCUAAACUUCCAUGUUAUUUUUGUCAUUGAUGAUGCUACUCUUACAAAAGGUAUAUAAGAAAAAAGCUAGGAUGAAUAGUUCAUGCUUAGGAAAACUAAAGCAGUAUAAUGUGAUAUUGUUAUGUUUAUACCAUACUGAAAACAUAUCAUAUCCUUUAGUGAAGAUGAUGGAACUAAUGGGCUGCAUGACAAUGAGAUCGCUGAAGUCAGGCCCAAACCAAUUGUGCGGUAGGUUUACACACGUAGAGGAAAGAAAGGUCUAGAGGGAAAUGACACCCAAAGUCCAAGUAAGUGGGGAGUUACAGAAUGAGGGAAUAUAUUGUGAAGGAAAGGUAGUAGGAGGUUAUCAUUUUUAUGGUUGAAAUUGUAAUAGGAGAAUAUUUUCUCUGGAGGAGCUACUACUCGUGAUUACUUGUAACUGAUUAUCUAUCCAAUCUAUCCAAUUAAUUUAAUAAUCACCAUUCUAUUUAUCCA